AGGCAGAAGGAAGCGGAGAGAGAGAGAGAAAGAGAGGAGGGACCGAGCGCACACCGGAUAACGCCAGUCACGGCUGUGCCCGCUAACGGAGCCGUCCACUUUGUCCCAAGUUCCCACUGGAAGUAGUCUCCACAUUGUUCAACUAGUUCAAACAGCGAACCGUUUUUUGGGGAGCCUGCUUCGACCGCACGAUGAAUUCACUGGGCAAUUCUUCCAAGUGGCCAUCUUACGACUCACUACCCUCCACCUCCAGCUUCCUCCUCAGUGAGAGCGAGCAGACGGAGGACGAAGCAGAUGUCUUCUCAGAGGGAGAGGGAGACAGCGGGACGAGAAAGUCUGUCUUGGUCGACGAGAGAAUCACGCUUUCUGGGAAUUACCUCGAUUUCCCGCCACGUCCAGAUCCGCUUCGCUCCGUGUCUAACUGUGACCAGUCUGAACUCUGCCCUGACAAAAUCAAACAUCCAGACUCAGCAUCUUCUCCGGGAGCUGCUGCGCUGAGAUCAUCAUCGGCGGCGACACCGGGGGACCUGGCCUUCGCUCAGAAAUGUGCAGACUUGCACAGGUUUACGCAUCCUUUGCUUGAGCUCCUGCAAGGACUAAAGACCGGACGAUUCGACAGAGGUUUAACAAGUUUCCAGCAGAGUGUCGCCAUCGACAGACUGCAGAGGAUUCUCGGGAUUCUGCAGAAACCAGAAAUGGGUGAGAAAUACCUUCAGAACCUGCUGCAGAUAGAGAUGCUGCUCAAAAUGUGGUUCCCUCAGAUGGCGUUCAAGUCUGCAGACGCGCCAAACGAGACCACCACUCCUAAACUUGGACCGCACUGGCGCCAAAGUCAACUCCACAUGCCGGUUAAGAAACGAAAACUGAGCUGGUCUGACCCUGACCGGCCUGGCAAAGCCCCAGCGAAGCAUUAUCACCGUCAACACGGAAAAUACGGGAGCUGCCACGCUGCAACGCUGCCCGACGGUGCUUCCACGAGUCUACCCGGAUCAUCGAAAAAACAGAAAACUCCAGAAGAAGCAGCAACAGUGGAACCGGCCGGGGACGAGUUUACAGACGGGUCUGUCGCUUUAAGCAGGCCGUCAUAUUUAUGUAGCAAGAGAGAAAAUGAGAGUCGGAAGCAGCCUGAGAUCUCUCCGCCCUCCUCGUGUGGCAGUCCAGCUACACAGGACAGCUCGGUGUCCUCAAGCAAUACCAUAACCACAACAGACUCACCUUAACUGGCCUUAGCUGACCUUGCUAUCACAUGGAGGUGCCUCGGCAUAAACAGCCAGAGUGAAGGCAGAGGGCGGACCUGAUUGCAUAAGCAUAAAGUUAGGCGCAGAGCCAAUCUAUGAUGGCUGCAAGGCACAUUAAACCCGAAGAGGAGGAGGAGGAGGAGAAGGAGGAGGAGGAGGAGGAGGAGGAAAAACAGAGAGACACUCUUUAACCCCUAACUGUCCAGCGUGGUUUUUAAUAACACAGGAGUUAUUGCACUAUAUUUACCUGGAACUGUAUGUUGUUCGUAACAAUUUUGUACACAUCGACUUUUAAAAUCUAAGUUAAAACGUGUUGGAAAUACUUUACAUGUGUGAUCCGUUAAAGCAGUCUGUGCUCCGUUUUGUUUUGGGUUUUUUUAUAUCAUGUAACGCAGCUCGACCAGUAACAGUAUAGGAUGUGAUUGUUUUUGUGAGUGUGAGUUAACACAGACGAUCACGACUAACGCUCAAGCGGUUCAGUCAGUUGUAUGUAGGAUGAUAUUUAUUUUAAAAUGCCCUAAAAUCCUAAUAUUACCUUGUUCUUCAGUAGCUUAAGAAGGGCAUUGUCACUGUUAGAGUUUAGAAACCAAACACUUAAAUCAUGAAUUGAGAAAACCUUUGUUAGGUGCAGUUACAAAAAUACUACAGUGAUGAACACAGAUGAUUAAAAAUGCCAUUUGGGGAGUUAAAGUAUAUUUUCCAGCUGACUGAUUGUAAAACACACAAGUGUGCCAAACAAAACCAUUUUGCAUUAUCACAUCUUGAGCAGCUUAUUCUGUUGUCACUAAAGCACACACGUAGUAUCCCUGUUUCUAUUUACCCUCAUUAAAAAUAGAUGUAGCUGCACCCAGAACACACUGCAUCCUGACGGGUCGAUAGUCAUUGAGGUUGGUGAGGUUGGAUGUUAUUCCGUCAGGUGCUUCUUCAUGUAGCCAGUGAGUGACUUGAAAACUUAAUAUUUUAUUACUUUUGAGUCACUUUUUUUUUUUUUUUGUAGUAAACGGGAGAUAACAUAUUUGAGCCUGAUUCAAUUUGAAUUGAUGCAACUGCACUUUGGAUGACGAUGAGGAAAUGUUACACAUCCAAAAAAACAACAACAACUGUGGUUUUAUUUAUGAAAGCAGUACUUGAAAACCUUGAUUCCAUCGGCAGACUCGUGGAGCCAAUCGUUGCGUGUUACACCUGAGAUGAGUGCUUUACAGGCGAUGCUCGUCCUUUUGAGUGUGUUUAAUUUGUGAUCUUAUUGUGGAAACUGUGCAUUGAAGUAGUUUAGGCUUAUUCCAUGGCUUGUUAUUUGUAGGAGAAGCUCCAAAUGCAGCGCGUCAUUACGAAGGCAAAGAACAGCGUCCGUGUCCUAUUCAAAAUAGCGCCGACUCGCUGUUUUAAAAUGUGUAACUUAAAGUGCUUUACUAUUGAUUCAGAACUAUCAUGGAAAUAUGAUAAAACAUUCAUUCCUGAACACAAAAAUCUUUCUUUUUUUUUAUUGCAUUUGGAUAUUGUACCACCAUAAAUCUGGUAUCAUUCAUGUUGAAUGACUUUUCGUCUCUGGUGGUUUGUCACCAGUCAGCCUUACUUUAUACACAUAAGGGUAACCAUGCGCUUGCCUGACAUUACAUCAUACAAAAAAAUAAAAAUGAAGUCAUGCAUAAUGUGUACUAUUCAACCAACGAUGGUAAAAAAAAAAAAUCAUCACUUCACCGCAUACGUCAUUGCAAACCAAAUGUGCUGCUGUGUAGGUGUUUCUCAGGCUUCGUCAGUAGUGAUUUAUGAGUUAUUUAAAAUGUGAACUGUAAGCACAAGGCAGAGAACAAUAGAGUAGCAUAGUGUUGUUUUUGUCUAAAGGAAAAACUUCUCGCAGUACACGUUUGCUGUGCUGGGUUACACAUUUCAUUUGUGAAAUAGGAGUAAAAAUCUGUUUUUUGUUUUUCACAGUUUUGUGUCGUAUGAUUUUUCUUGUUUUUAAUUUUGUUGGUUUUAGAGUGUUUCUUAAAAAAAGAAAUUACCAUUGCCGGUGAUUGCUUGAUAAAUGCACAUAUUUUUUAUAUAUUAAAAGAUUGACAUGGUUCAUCCAAA